AUGGAUGACCGGAUCUAUAACGCCGCUAUCACUUUGCUCUGCUUCUACGCGAUCGCCAGGAUCGGGGAGGUGCUCGCUGCAAGCCGGCGGGACCUACUGACGCCCGAGGAUGCUUUGGAUCCUGCUGGGAAGCUUUAUCUUCUCAUUAGGUCUCCGAAGACCCGUCAUCGUGGAGCCCGGAUUCAACAUGCCACUGUCGAAGCCCCUCAGGAUGUUCUGAGCUUCAUUAUUGCUGUCUUUCAGGACUUGGACCCCGAACUCAAGCUUUUCGGCGGCUCAGCUGGCGUCUAUCGUCGCCGGUGGGAUGAGGUGCUCCGAGAUCUUGAAGUGCCCAAGAACCUCAGACUGACUCCUGGCUCUCUUCGCGGUGGUGGAGCUGUGACAGCUCAUAAGAGAGGAGUGCCUAUUCAGGAGCUGCAAUGGAGGAUGCGUCUCGGACACCAAAACACUUUGGCGCACGACUUGCAGGAGACGACAGCUGCUUCAGUGUUGCCUAGUUUGUCUUCGAGCUCUCGCAAAUCCGUCCUUGCGGCCGACGCCCUCCUUCCUUUUCUUCUUUCUCCUUGA